AUGAACAAAUGCUAAGCAAACCAUUUAUUAAGUUAAACCUUAUGCACAAGACUAGGUAGAUUUAAAAUGAGAACACAAAUUUUAAUUAUAAAUGGCAUAAUUUUCGCCAUAUUAAUUCCUUCUCUUAUAUUAGCUUAGACUAUAAAUAUGCAAUAUGUAUAGCAAAUGCUUAAUGAUUGCUUAAAAAUGAAUAAUAUAUUAGAAAUGUAAAAACAUUUAACCAGUGCUUCAUUGUUAAUGAAAAAUCAACUAGAUUAAGUUUUUUAAAGAAGUAAAUAAUAUCUUAAUUUUUAGCCUAGAUUACAUUGACAAACCUUAAUUAGCUUUAUUGGCUUCAAUUAAAUAAUGAAAUAAAUGCAACCUAGCAACUUUCCCGAAUCUGUGAUUAUAAUUAAACAACAAUCCCUAUAGAAAAUAGUUAUUCCAUUUAAUGUUUUACAAGAUUUGGAUUACUAUAGACUGAGCAAAAUCCUUAUUUAAAUAAUAAUACAAACUAAUAAUUGCAAAGUAUCACAAAUUUAGUGGGCUCAACAAUUUUUAGUAUGUUAAGAUUAAACGAUGAGUUUCUACCAAAUUAAAUUUAUUUUAUCUCUUCUAUAGAUUCAGUAUAAUAUGGGUUUUUAUAUCCUCAAAUCAUACUUUAUCCUGAUUUUAAUCCAAAAGAAAGAGAAUGGUAUAAGUCACACUUUAAAAACUUAGAAAAAGACAAAAAUAAUCACACCUAAAUAACUGAUCUUUAUAAAUAUUUCGAUACUGAAACAAUAUAUUCGAUGACAAUGACUAUAUCAAUGCUGAAUUUACAGAAAGAAGUAGAAGGUAUAUUUUGUUCAGAUCUUGUUUUCAAAAAUAAUUUUAUUCCUCAAUUAAAUUUUAAUGUCAUGAUUGUAAAUACUUAAGGCACAUUAAUAUUGACUAAUUAUAAAAAUACUAUAGUUUCAAACUCUUCAAAUUUGACAAAAUUUGAUGAUGAAUAAAUUACAGGAUUUACUACUGAUGAUUGGAAUUCUAUAAUAAAUUAUCACUAAAAAAAAUAGUUUAAUUCUACUUGCAAUUAUGAGAAUUUAUAAAUUCUUUGUAGAUUCAAUAGUAUAUAUAAAAAAGAUGUUGUUAUUACAAUCCUUAAAUUAGAGGAUAUUAAUUAUUUCCUUAUUCUUUUUUAUGAUAUUUAAAUUGAGUAACAAAUUGAAUUAAAUGUUAAACUUCUUUUAUAAGUCCUUAAUCAAAAUUUCAACAAAAUGCUAUUUAUUAAUAUAUUGGUAUCCAUUGGGCUUAUUCUAUUGUAAGUAAUUUUAAUCUAUUUUAUUUUUUUGCCAAUGUAUUAGAUAAUUAGAUAAUCAUUUUUCUUUCUGAAAAAAUAAGAUAAAUCGAAUUUGUCUAAGUAAUAAAAUCUACUAAAGGAAAUAAAUAAAUUCCAGGAAUUAAUUAAAUAGAAAAGCUAUUCUAUUCAAACUUUGAAAAAUAACGGUAUAUAAUUAAACUAUUAUAUUAAUUAGAUAAUGCUCUUAUCAAAUUUAAAGUGUAAUUUAAUACUUUAUUUGAUAGAGUAUUUGCUUAAAGAAUGACUAUUAAUCCACAAUGCCAAAUACUUCAAUAAUUUAAAUAUCCUCGAAAAAGCCUUCAUCUUUCUUUGAAUCUCUCAAGAACUAUUAAGGAAGGAGAAAUUAAAGAUAAUUAUCAUGAAAAAUAGAUUGGAAAUUUAAGAAAAUUAUAUAAAAAGAGAACCUUUAGUUUUUGA